GGGCUGUUGAGGGAGGAGUAGCUGGGAAGACGGAGGGGGGUGGGGGGGCCUGACGCACCUCCUUCCCCCUUACCUAUUGAGGGGUCCAGGUGACGCCCCCCACCCUGUACUCUCUUGCUGUUGUGAGGCGGUGAAAGUUGCUCCUGUAGGCGUUCCUGACGGGUCCUCGCCCUCCCCUCCUCCCGCCGCGUGUUUGACUCCUCCGUCGUUGCCUGCUGUACCUUCUCCUCCACCUGUGAAGAGAGAAGCACCGUGACUUCUGUGGGUUUGAGCUGCAGGACAAGCGUGGUAAGGUGUGCUCGUCUCUGCCGCACCUCCUCCUCCUGCGCCGCCCGCCACUCCCGCCACGCGCGCGCCUCCGCCCACGUCCACUCCCGCUGCGACCGCUGCGCCUGAGGAACCAAGACGGAGGCACCACGAAGAUUGGAAAAGAAGGUAAAUAAAGAAGAGCGUGUGCCUCAUCCUUGCUCCCCUGCUUCCCCGUGCCCUGCCGCGCCCCUGAGAGGAAUUCCACAAUGUCUCCCUCAGACGGCGUCUCGAGCCCCUGAGACUGAGAGGGCGGCAGCGAGGGGCGCGGCACUGCUGACGAAGGCGAAGGCUGAUACUCCUCGUCCCAAGGCUCCUCUGACGUGAUCUGGAGAGAGGAAUGAAGGCCUGGCUGGGGGCAGCGGCGGCGGUGUCUGGCGUGGGGACGCUGGUGUACCUGCUGGCACGGUCAGGCCGGCGGCGAGACACUGGCCAUCCUGGCACAGCCUCGGGGACACACACUGGCCAUAAAGCCACCAGUGAGGGCAGCGGUGUGUCCAGGGGCCUUCAGGAUACAGGCUUUGAGAAGGACAGCUCCCAUGACCACCUCAAUGGCCACCUGCCCGGCAUGGGUGUCACCAGGGAGGUUGUGAAGCAGAGUGCUACUGAUCCUGCUGAACAAAAUUCACAUGAAAAUCUUUUGUUAUCCACAGACACUUGCACGAGAGAAUUGGCUCUCAAUGUUGCUGAAAAUAAUGCAGAAUGUGUGUCUGUGGCACAGAACAAGGUUGACACAGAAGCAAGCUCAUGUGUGGAGAGUGAAGAGACAACAAAGGAAGUCAGAGUGACAGAAGCUGUGACAGAAAAAACAAGUGACAGUGUUCCCUUGCAACACCCUCAGGAGCAAAACAGUGGUGUGACGGAUCAACAAAAAGACACAGAGACUCAACAAAAAGAUGCAGAGACUCGAGAGGACAGAGCUGAUGAUGUGGUGUUGCCCUGUACUGAUGUAGAAGAAAGUAACACUGUUGCUUCUGGUGAGACUGAAUUGACUAAUGUCACUACAUCAGCUGAUGAAACCAUAUGUAGUGAUACAAAUAUUACAACCUUAUCAGGAACUACUUGUCACUCUGAGCUCACAGAAACUACUGUCAGAGAGGUAUCAGACACACAGCCAAAUAAAGCUUCCUGUGCCAGUGCUGAAUCAGAAAGCUCUCCCACUGCACCUCAACCUGUGGUGGAGGAAUUGUCACAGUGCUUGAUUGUGGAGCCUCAGUGUGAUCCCUCGUGUCAUGAACACAUGCUUGACACCUGCUGUGCAUCAAGCCCCCAGGUCUCCACACUGCCUCCCUCAGAGACCACUGAGGCGUCCCUGACUGAAACUGAAGGAGCAAUACCAGAGACUAAUUUCCCAGCGCUGCAGCAAUACACUCUUGUGCUGAAAUCUGAAGAAGAUAUUUGUAUUUCAGGGAAGCACAUACAUGACUCCUCUCCUACUGACCAGCCUACUGAAGCACCUGCUGGUUGGCCUAAGGAAACUGCUGAAGCAAACAAGGAAGAGCAUGUUAUAACUGUAGAAGGGAGCAAGGAACUGAACUUGUCCACUGAAGUGAACAAGAAAGACCCUGUUACAACUGCAGAAAGGAAUGAGAAAGAUCCUGUUACAACUGCAGAAGUGAACAAGGAAGACCCUGUUACAACUGCAGAAGGGAACGAGAAAGACCCUGUUACUACUACAGAAGGGAACGAGAAAGACCCUGUUACAACUGCAGAAGGGAACGAGAAAGAGCCUGUUACAACUACUGAAGUGAACAAAAAAGAACCUGUUACAACUGCUGAAGUGAACAAGGAAGACCCUGUUACAACUGCAGAAGGGAAUGAGAAAGACCCUGUUACAACUAUAGAAGGGAACGAAGAAGACCCUGUUACAACUGCUGAAGUGAACAGGGAAGAGCCUGUUACAACGGCCGAAAUAAACAAAGAAGACCCCGUUACAACUGCAGAAGUGAACAAGGAAGACCCUGUUACAACUGCAGAAGGGAAUGAGAAAGACCCUGUUACAACUAUAGAAGGGAACAAAGAAGACCCUGUUACAACUGCUGAAGUGAACAAGGAAGACCCUGUUAUAACUACAGAAGUGAACAAGGAAGAUCCUGUUACUUGUACUGUGGUCACUGAGCAGACAGAUGUAGUGGACCUUAACCAGCCUUCAGUGAAUCCAUGUACACCCAUUGAGGAGAAGUGUACCUUGAAGGAGAGUGUAUUAGUGUCUUGUGAAGGUAUUGGUGAUGAGAGGAAAGAGAUUGGUGCUAAUUCAGAGGCAGCAGCAGGGGAAACUAAUAACACAGUGGGCAGUACACCUCAGAAACCCAGCAGGAAAGUGGAAUGCUCAGUAGAGACUCAGAUUAUAGUAACACCAGCUCAGGGAGAAGGAUUAACAGACAGUAAGGAAGAAGAAAACCAAAACCAAGACAGUGUUACCAAGCAAGAGGGAGAAACUGAGAAGAAAGUGCAGGAUAGCAGUAAGGAGGACAAGCAGGAGAAACUGGAACAAAGUGGCGACAAAGUUAACUUGAAGCAAGAGCAGGACACCAGUAAGCGAGAUAAAGUAACCAAGGAGGAAGUAGUAACCACAGAGCAGGAAAAGAGCAAUACUAAGGAAAAAAUAACAAGGAAAGAGGAAGAGAACAUCAUUAUCCAAGAAAAGACAAAGAAGCAGAAGCAGACUAGCAAUGUGAAGGAAGUAGCUAAAGAACAAAAGCUCAGUAACAAGAAGCAGGAAUCACCCAAGGAACAGAGACAGAGUAGCAGGAAGCAGGAAGCAGGCAAGGAACAGCGGCAGAGUAGCAGGAGACAGGAGGCACCCAAGGAACAGAGACAGGGCAACAGGAGGCAGGAACAGAGUGAUAAGCAGGAAAAAUCAAAGAAACAGGAGGAGACUGGAAGUAAAGAGGAUAGAAGCGGCAGUCAAGAGAGCACAAAGAGACGGGAACAGAGUGUGGAGAAGCAAGAUGUUCAGGUGUCAGAUAAGAGUGUGAAAGAAUUGGUGAUGGAGGAGCAGAUUGUGACCCUCUCCACGAAGGGCGACGGGGGCAAGAAGGGCAGCGUGAGGAGCCGCGGGGACUCUGCCUCUGCCGAUCUGGACUGUGACCUUGGCUCAGAGCAGGACAACAUGAACUGUGACUCCUCCAGUCUGAAAAUGUGUACUAUGUCACCACAGAAGUCAAUGGACAGUGGGCAGGGAAGCAGUGAGAUUGAACCAGAGACUCUGUUUGGCCCAGCAAACUUCCCCGUCUCAAAUCAAGAACAGUACAUCUUUUACGACUUUGAGAUUCCACAGAUGCUGGUGGGUCGUCUCAUCGGGAGGAAGGGAGCAUUCAUCAACAAGAUCAAGGCGACAACAGAUGCAACUGUCAUUGUUCAUCCUCACAAGAACCGGAAGUUGAAGCUGUGUUCUGUUGAAGGCACCAAGCAUCAAGUGAAUGCGGCGCUGGAGAUGAUCCGUAAACACUUCCCGGAGAGCCAGUACCCGGACAUCACGUUGCAGCAGGUGUCCAGCCAGCCACAGGCACAGCCACAGGUGCAGCCGCAGGUCAACGCGCAGAGCAUGCAGAUUGAGUUAACAGCUGGUGUGGUGGUGGAGGUGCGGGUGAGUGCGGUGGUGAGUGGCGGUGAGCUGUGGGUGCAGCAGCCCCUGCAUCCCUCCUACUCUGCCCUCCAUCGCCUGCAGACCUGCAUGAACCUCAAUUAUGGGGACGGCUCCAACACGCCACCCCUGCCCGGCCCCAUCAGUGACGGCACAGUGUGCGUGGCGCACAUCAAUGACCACUGGAUGCGCUGUCAGGUGCUCAGCUCCAUCAACGCCAUGUCUGUCGUGCUGCUGCUGGAUAUCGGUGGCACGGUCACAGUUCCGUCCUCCUCCCUGAGGCAGAUCCGAUACGACUACAUGACACUGCCAUUCCAGGCCAGCCAGUGCUUCCUCCAUGGGGUGCAGCCAGUCUCAGGUGACAUGUGGAGUGAUGCCGCCUCUGCAGCGAUGGAGGAGUGGGCGAGUGGAGUGAUCCUGUUUGCGGUGGUGGUGUCCUAUACUGAAGAUUAUGUUCCCUUGAUAAACCUUUACCGGCGGGACCAGGAUCAAUUUGUGCUGUUAAACAAAAAGCUGGUUGAAUUGGAUCUUGCACAAUGGAUCUCUCCACAGCACUCCAGUUGAAAGCUGGAAUAAGCGAAUAGAUAUAGCGAACCAUUGACGCGAAUUGUGCGACCUGUGAGUGAUGCUUCCCGGCUAAAAAAUAGUGAGUAAUGGAAGCCCUUGCAUGAGUAUGAAUAGUCUCAAUAAUGUUCUUGUAGUGCAGGAGUUCUAAAUCAUCACUGGGAUAAAAUUACCAUUAGUUCAUACUUGUAAAAUAUUGAGUUCAUUACAGCCUAUACACUUUAUGCCAUAUGUAAAAUUUAAACAAGACAAUAGCCAGUUUUAGUUUACAGUUUUCUUGUAAAUAAUGUAAAAUAAUUAUUUUUGGAUGUUUUUUUUUUUUUUUUUUUUUUUUGUUUUUUUUUUUUUUGUAAUGCCGCGCUGUUCGGAGUAACAAUGAUGCAUACAGAGAAGGUAGAUUUCUCCAUAGACUUUUUAUCUUUUAUAAGCAGAUAAUUUUAAUUAUAAAUUUUGGCUGUGACAGUAUAUUGCUUUUAUUUCUAAGGCUGCAUCUGUGUGCUAGAAUUGUAUGUUUUGAUCAGACCCUACACAGCUAUUGCUUCUUCAUAGCUUUAUGAUUUGUACCUGUGAGGUCACGGUAGGAGUAAGGCAGUUCAUAUUGUGGUGUAGUGUGUAGCAUAGCAGACACAAGGGAAGGACAAGGCUACCUGUAGAUUAGACACCCUUAAUGUAAGUCCUUGGGGCUCUGGGAAGAAUAAUUAUAAGUUUAGUGUUUUGUGUUAUGGUACAUUUUGUUUUGUAUCUAUUUAUGUGUCCCCGUGAUUGCACAACAUACACUGAUACCACAGGCUGCCACCGGUAGUGUGUUGUGUACCAGGCCUUUGUACCCCUUUGUCAUGGGGGAGGGCUGAGACUGGACACACACACACACACACACACACACACACACACACACACACACACACAAAGAGAAACUGGAUAAAUAUGGUUAUGGAGACAGGAUGAAAUGAACUUUGGCUCAUUUCCUGUAUAAUACAACUAGGUAAACACACACACACACAUUCUUCAACCAGUUUAAAGAUUUUACCUCAGCCCUUUGGCAUCCAUGGAAGAAAUUACACAUCCUCCCUCAUCAUAGUAUGCCUUCUACUACUGGAUCCAUUUCUCUCCCCCCCUUCCCCCCCAACUCUCUCUCUCUCUCUCUCUCUCUCUCUCUCUCUCUCUCUCUCUCUCUCUCUCUCUCUCUCUCUCUCUCUCUCUCUCUCUCUCUCUCUCUCUCUCUCUCUCCACAGAUCCACAGUAUGUUUACAGACCACAGUCAUUCACUACAGCCCUUAAUGUGAAGAUGUUUCACCGUUAUGACUACCUUUUACUAUCUCAUUUUUAAUAUCAGCAAUCACCAUACACUUCCACAGCCACACUAAAGAUACAUUAGACAGUAAAAAGAUAAAGUUACAGUCAAAGCCAAAAAAAAUAAAAAGUUAAAAAGACAAAAAAACUGGCAGCUCACGGCAGUGGGCCACACAUUUCACUCACAGAUGGGAAACAAUUAAGGAAUGCCAUCUCUGUUUUCAGUUUGUGAAGGAAAAUAUUUGGCAUUGGACUUAAACUCUUCCAUAUUUAUGUCUAGAGACAAUGUUGCAAAAUAUAAAGCAAAUAUAUAUACCUUGUGCUUAAGUUUUUUUUUGAUGAGAGGUGAAAACAUGCUUGUUGUGACAAGAACGGAUAAUUUUCGCCUCUCCUUUGUUUGGAGUUGUGGUCAGUAUGAUGAGAAGGUUUAAUUUCCUUGAGUGAAUUUAUGACAUUAAUCUCAUAUCCCUUUUUACUGUUUGAUAUUUAUAGUGUAAAAAAUUUGUCAUUCAUAUUUUGUCAACAUUUCACUUUUUUUUUUUAUAAUUAAAUGACAUUAAUUAUUAAAAUGCAGGUUGAAUUUCAGUUAUAUGAAGCUGGAAAAAGCUGCUGAAUGCUUGUAUAGCAAGUAGAAAAGCAAAGAACAUUGUGUUUCAAGUAAACAUAAUAUUGAAUAUACUAUAAAGCCCAGUCUGCACAAGUGAGCUGUUUGCCUAGUGAUGUUUGAGCACACAGGCAAAUGAGGGCAGUGCUCUUGCUGAUGGCAGUACUGUGCUGUGCCACCAGAUUGGCAAGCUCUGUUGGGUCGUGGCCAGACAUUCAAAGUUUCUCGUGGAAGCAAAGGGCUGUGCAUGAUACUAUUAAUAAUAGUGAUCCAGCAAAAAAGUUUGCCUCACUGCCUAGACAACAUUUUCUUCAUUUAAUAGAACUUAAUAAAAAUCAAUAGAUAAAAAAAAUCAAUAAAACCAAAUCUUUAUUUUUAUAUUUAUCUUAAAAACUUUAAAAAAAUCUUAGAAAAAAAUUUAAAUUGAUUUUAAAAGUUUAAAACUUCAACAUGCUCGUGUUCCAAAAAAACUAAAAUUAUUGAUUAUCAUUAGUUUUGAACCAAAAUUAUCGGCAAUACCAAUGAAUUGAUAAAGUGGAAAAAAAUAAUUAUCAGAUAAAUGAUAACACCCACCUUUGACAAAGACUGCCUCCACUGACUCCUGCUCAUUUGUGGCUGGCCCAGACCAUUCACUUGAUAACAAAGCAAUUGUGCUGGUACAUACUCUGCCUGCUGGCCAGCACUGCCCAUUGGUCUGUGCUUCAUUGUGUGGAUGGGGCUGAAGGAACACACUGCUUCCAGAAUAAUAAAUACCACAGCUACCACAUUAAACCUUGUUACAUUGUUGCCUGGUUGGUCCAUGCUUAACUUACUGAGGUAUUGUAAAUUGAGUGGUUAUACCUCAAGCUACUGUGAUGUCAUGCAGUUUGUCCUUCCUGUAGGAUUAAAACAAUGACUAACAUUAGCAGAAGGGGUCAUGCCAGCCUUUGUUUCAAACUGUACUGUUUUCACUCACACACAUCAUGAACCUAUAGUGCAAAGACCACACUGCCAAAAAUCCAAAGUUUUUGCCACAUUGUCAGGCUAUGUUGGCUCGGGUCAAGGUCAUUAUUAUCAUUUUUACGUGGAAGAAAAUGCAUCUUGUAUAACAUAAAAAAUCUGAGGUACAGUAAUCCAAGUUCACUUUACAAGACACAGCAAGGCAAGUUUUACUGAUAAAUGAUCACCAGGUAUCAAGUUUCAAGAUUUCAUGCUGUUGAAGCAAUAACUAUCUCAUCUCACUAUAGGGGUAAAUGAGUAAAUACACAGAGGAGGUUCCCAGCCUCUCUCUCAGUUCUCUUUUAGUUGCCUUGCAUGAUGGGCAGGAAAUACAGUGGCAGUGUUCUUCCAGCGUGGCUGCAGAGCUGUGUGAUAGGCCGUCCCCUUUGUAGAUUUCUGCAAAAAGGAGUUUGAGAUUAAGGUGAUGAGCACAGCCAUGUGUGGUUAACUAGACUGCAGUCCCUUUGGAGUUUUAUGAUGGAUGACAGACUUAUUUUUGAUUUGUUGCAAAGCUGUGCUAAGUCAUGGUUCAGCUUGCAUGCAUUACACAGCUUCUUAGACUUACAUAGCCAUGGACAAGUGUGUGUGUGUGUGUGUGUGUGUGUGUGUGUGUGUGUGUGUGUGUGUGUGUGUUUGUGUGUGUGUGUGUGUGUGUGUGUGUGUGUGUGUGUGUGUGUGUGUGUGUGUGUGUGUGUGUGUGUGUGUGUGUGUGUUUGAAAAGUCAUCUCUUGUUGUUCUGUCUUUCUUUGGCUGACUGACUGAGGAAAAUUUACUGACUAAUGUAAUUUGGUGUUUUCAGUGGAUGUAAUUACUGAUAUUUAUUGUUGUCAACAAAUUUAACUACAAAUAAUAAGUCACUAUUUAUCAUACAACUUUUGUCUAAUUCAGGCUGUACCCAUUUUGUAAAUAGUUGUAUGGUAUUCAAUUAACUUGGUUUAUUUGUUAUUUUGAAGUGUUUCUUCCAAUGUUCUAACAGUAGAUAGGUGCAGUUUUGAGCUGCUAUUUGCUUCAUCAUAUGUUAAGCUGUAUAUGUGUACAUAUAGAUAGAUAUUUUUGUAUGGCAGAAAUGAACAUUUUAUGGAUAUUAUCUAUUACCAUGUCAUGAAUGGUGUCAGGCCACUCCACAGUACACUAAACAUUGAACCUUCAUUGUGCACUGCUAGAUAAGUUGCUGGAGAGAGUGGUGUCCUGGAGUGUUGUGUUUGCCUCCCAGUGUUGUGAGCCACCUGUAAAAUGUUUGGUAUCUUACGGUGCCAAACAUUACACACUACACCAUAUAGUAAUAAUUUCAAGUAUGACAAGCUGGCAAUAGUGUAAUCCUUUACAAGUAUUGCAUCCUCAGUCAGGGACAAGUACACAUUUCUUUAGUCAGUUGAUGUCCAGUCGGUGACUCUCUCUCUCUCUCUCUCUCUCUCUCUCUCUCUCUCUCUCUCUCUCUCUCUCUCUCUCUCUCUCUCUCUCUCUCUCUCUCUCUCUCUCUCUCUCUCUCUCUCUCUCUCUCUCUCUCUCUCUCUCUCUCUCUCUCUCUCUCUCUCAGUAUUGUAGGAUAUUGUGUGAAUAAUUUUUCUAUAAUUUAUUUGUUCGUGUUAAUUGUGUAGCGUAAUCUCAGUGGGGCAGAGCAGAUUUGUUGCACUGUCGUCUCACUCACAUGAGUGGCUUUGGCUGUUCGAGCUAUUGCUCUGGAGGGUGCAAUGUUAGGACCUCCAUUGGCCCCCAAAAAUACCUAUUCAUGUUGUAAACAAGUUCUUUCUCCUGGCUGUGAAGAACACAUGAGUGCUUGUGAGUUGCUUCCAUUGUGGGAGUGACCCCUGAGAGGCUGAGCCACCCAUCUCUCUGGCUUGAGUCACCUGACCUUAUUGAUAAACACCUUGGGUGCUUGACCUACAUGAUAACGCUACAAAGCUGUGUUGUCAAAUGUUGUGAUACUUAUGUAAAACCCAGACUAUUUAUUAUCCUAAAACUCAAAUAAUUCAUAGCACUGCAUGAUUUGAUGAGCUGAAUAAUCCAUACUUAACACUUGAAUUUCAAUGAAAAAGUUAAAAGAACUGAUAUAUUUAAGAGAAAUUGUGUGAUGUAGCAGAGUAACCAACAGGGCUCUGCCAAUGCCCAAACGUUCUUCUGACAGUAAAAAGAGUAUAGAUAUCUGGCCAUGCAUGUACAGAUAAGGUUCUUUUGGCUCUCAGUAAUGCUCUUAAAGGGUUGAAAUGACAAGCAUUAGAGCAAGUGAUGCACUACUGAAUUGUAGCAAACAGUGUUCUGAGGCUUCUUAUGGUAAGUAAGCCAGCAGUUACUGAUGUUAUAGCAUACUGGACAGUUCAUGCACCACUACACCCUCUCCUGGUAUUCCUUCUGCAGUGUUUUGAAUCUGUAUACCAGGCUGGCAUCCCAUACAGGAGAUUGCCAAAUCAAAAACUUUCAUACUCAAGACAAAAUGUUUGAUGUACCAGAAUGGAGUUAUGCAAUUAAGUCAAGUAGACAUUUACUGUACUUGCUUUCUUCAUUUUCUUGGAUGAUUGUGAGUUUUCUCUUGCAUUAUGUUUAGGAAAGUUUAUCCCAUUACUGAGUUUUUGUUAUUAUAAUGAUUAGGGUUUGGCAGUGACUUUAGUACAAGAUUUUUUUCUUAUUUAUAUAACUAUUUUUUAGAAGAAAGUUGAGUAUCUUCCUCAGGAUUGAAUUUUAGUGCAGGUUUAUUCAUGUGUAGACAGGAUCAUGCACUCCAGUGAAAGGAAGGUGGAGGUGAAUGUGCCUUUGCGCAAUACCACAGAAAUGAAGGAAAGAUUAGUAAUGUUUUUGCAGCUACAGACACAGGUUUUCCCUUUGUACGUGACUCUUCCAGGCCUUAAGAACUUGUAUUCACUUCUCUUAUCUUUCUGACAUGAACAGAUUAUCUUGAAGUGUUCAUUUCUUUUAUUUUGAAUUUGAAUAGUGUUCAUUUCUUUUAUCUUUCUGACAUGAACAGAUUAUCUUGAAGUGUUCAUUUCUCUUAUUUUAAAUCUGAAUAGUGUUCAUUUCUCUUAUCUUUCUGACAUGAACAGAUUAUCUUGAAGUGUUCAUUUCCCUAUUUUGGAUUUUAGUGUUCAUUUCUCUAUUUUGGAUCAUAAAGUCUAAUCUCAAAAAUGUUAUUUGUCUGCUUAUUCUGACUUCUAAACUUCAUGGUACUAUUAAUAUUUUCACUAUUUCGGACUUUAAAUACCAAGUGUGUGUUUGUCAGGUUUAGAAUCUCCAAAAUCAAACAAGUUCUAACCUCAGGAUGAACACAACCACAAUGUCUCCUAGGUAUUCAAGAGGCUGUCUGAAGCAUAGCCCUUGUGAAUUCUGGGGAACCAUUGCACAUGAAAUUGUAAGUGAUUCAAGCCCUUUCUGUAUUUGGCAUGUGUGCACUCCACUGUGGUGAUCCAAAGUACAAUGUAUGUGUUAUUUUCAGAAUAUGUACAUAGUUAUUUUGAGAUAUACAAACUGUGCUGUAGGAUACAUAGGUCUUGAUGUUUGGUGGUUGGUGGAUAGGAAAGAAGCUGUAUUCACAGAGUGAGUCUACCACACUUGUGCCAGGUGACCACAUUUGUGCCAGGUAUUGUGGAAUCAUCUUGUGACCUCCAAACUCCACUGGCUUAUCUAUGAUUGUGAGUCGACAUCCUUAUUUAUGACCUGUUGAAGAAAAGGUGUUACAAGAUUUACCAAAGAAAGGGAUUAUUUACAAAACCUGUUAAAAAAAAAAAUGUGUAAGAAAAAUGUUACAAGAUCUCAUGAAAAAAUAUGUUUGUAUCAGUGUUGUUCUUUACAUUAAUUCUAGACCAUGUUGUAAUCUUUCUGGGGAUGUGUUGUGCCUGAAGGUUCUGUUCACCAGCUUUGUAUUGUGUGUUCCUUGCUUAAAACAUUUUCUCAGGUGAUGCCAGCCAGAUAUUUCUCAUCCAGGUUCUCAGGGAGGUGCAUGUGUGUCUGUACCUUGACUCCCACAUGUAGAGGUUCAUUGCUAAUGUGUACAGUACAGUUUAUACUGAGGACUGUAUUCUCAAAUGUUUCAGCAUCUUAUCUAGACUUCUUUUAACAGGCUGUAGUGGAAGUCCUAGGGGUUUUUAAGAUGUUUUCCAUGAUUAUACAUUCAAAAUGGAUACUACAUUAUCAGUAGGAAAAUAGUACUAUGAGAACCCAACUAAUCAUGUGUGGCCUCUGAAAUUAGUCCUUGAGAGAGAAGAAAACACUUAAGAAUACAAUCCUGAAUCACCGGUAAGCAUGAUCCACUAACCUGCAAUAGUCAUAUACAUUCACCUGCUGAGUAAAUAAACCUUGCAGGAAGGAAUUUGACACAUUUGGGAUGCUUGCCUGAUAAUUCAUUGGAGUGUUAUGUGAAGUCCUAUUGAUUGGAUUACCUCAGAGCAUGUUGCCAUUCAGACAGCUGCAGCAUGGAUGGCAGGACUUGUGUGCUACAUGUGAGAAAAAAAAAGGGUAGCAUCCAUUGACUGUGCAAUGCCGGAGGUAUUGGUUGGCAUCAGUGAUGCAGGGAGUGGAGCUGUUGUAGUGCUGGAGACUCCUGCAAUACAAAGUUCACAAUCAAAUUAUUUAUCCUUAACAUUUGACAUACAAUGAGGUAAUCCAAAAGCAAUGUAAACAGUGAAAUUUUCUUAUUCUGGUCCUAAGGAAAAGGUGGCUACACUUUCUGAGUUGUGUUUGAAGUGUAGCUUUAAGAGUUUUAAUAUGUUCCAGCAGCACCCUUAAGUAUUGAAGACUGAUUAUUUUUUUCAGUUAUUUUGGAUAUAAAGUAACCAUAUCAUUUGGUUCUCAAGAUUUAGUUUGCUUUUCAUUGUUGUACAUGGAUAACAGAAGAGUAACAUAACACACUCACCUCCACUGUGUCUUGCAUAGUCCUCUGAUCAGUAAGUCUAUCGAGUGUCAGGUUUUGCUAAGAGACUGCACGAUAAGAGAACAUGACCCUUUUACUACUCAGCAAUUUUUUCCAUAGUCACCUAUAACUAUAUAUGUACUACAACUAAGGAUGCAUGUAACCAGCUGUGCUAUGCCCAAGUUCCUGGCAUACAGCAAGAUGGUCCAGGAAACUAGUGAGCAUAAGGCUUUGUCUGAGCCAUCCUGUGUUGGAUAGCUAGCCUGGUAUAUAGAUAGAUUUAUGUACUAACAGUCUCCAUAAGCUCUGUACCAUAAAAGAUAAAAUUAACCUAACAUUCUUUCCUUUCAGUAUCCAUACAAAUAAUUUCUUAGCAUUGUGAGUGUAAACAAAGGCUGGCCAUGGAUGUAAGGUGGUUAAGAUGAGAGAAAGCAAAGCGCAGUGGAGAUGAGUGGGGGGUUACUCUGUGGCCACCAGUGUACAAAGACAACCCGUGUGGUGAUGACACUAUGCAAGCUGCUGUGGUGUGUGUGUUGCGUCCACCUUGGGCUGAGAGGCGGCUGUCAGUGGGUGAGCAGUGGUUGUAUCCUGUGUUCUUAAUUAGGUAUAUUGUUAUCCUAAGUGUGCAGCCUGAAUUAGGGUAAGCAAAAUUUAAAGGUGAUAUGUAUGUUCUGUAUGUAUGUAUGUACGUACGUAUGUAUGGUAAACCAGUAUUUUAUAUGAAGUGAAAAAAUAAAUGUCUGCAAAAAAAGCA